UGCCCGAGGAAGGGAAAUGUGACCCCCAAGAAGGGGCUCUGUUCUAGGUGCCUAAAAGCUGGCCUUUCAGGACAUCCUCCCCAAUCUUCCAGUAGAAGACUUUUUCAUAUUCGAUAAAGGAUGAAACAGUAGGACAUCAGAAGAGGACAUGGCACCCAAGAAGCCACCAAAAGAAGCAGCAGCACCAAAGGAAAAAGCAGGAGAGCCCCCCAAACCUCCAGGUCCAGGCGAUGAGGCACCGAAAAAACCAUUCCUCGAAACCCCAGAAGGCGCAAAAACGGUCAGAAUAUUGGCGGCCGUCUGGUUCGUCCUUGCAGUUAUCAUGGUCAUCAUGUACGCGGUCCUGCUCAACAAAGACUGGAACAUCCGCCAGGCCCUGAUCAUGAUGCGAGAAUUUGCCAUUGAGUUCGAUCCGAGAUACGAAGACAAGACUGAUUUCCAGGUUGUUGGCCUGGCUCAAAACCUGUCCUCCGAAAUGCUUGAAUGGGGACUUAAAAACGACGAACUACAAGCAGAAAUAGAUAAGCUUGCUAAGACGCUUGAUCAGUGGAAGGCAUAUGAUAAGAACCUUUAUCACUUUUCGAAAGAUGACGUAAAUUGGAACGAAGCCGUAGAUGAAUGUAACACAAGAGAAUCUGGACUGGUUUUUGUUAAGUGGGGUGAAGAACAAGCCUUUAUAGAUGACCAAGUUUCUCAACAAAAGAAGCCAUACUGGAUUGGACUUAAGAAAAACGAGAGUGCCUUUAAUGGCGUCAUAUGGCUUGGUGGAUUCAAAGCUGGAACAGUGUACUGGGAUACUAAACAUGGUCAGCCGAAAAAGGAAAAUGGCAACUGUGUUUUCGUCCACUUUGACUGCAUUUCUAAAAGAUGUUGGCAUUAUGGUAAAUGUACUGAUAAAAGACGAUUUGUAUGCAAGAAGGAGCCCAUUGCAAAAUGGUAUUACGCUUAAAGUUAGAGGCCCGAAGAAGAACAGAAGAACACGGCCGCACACCUGGAUACCUGCAUGGAAAAUCUGACUCUGUAGAACUCAACCCACUAACUCAUUCAUUAAUGAAAGGCUUGAACCGAGUGGAGUGUGCUAGCUUUGUCCUUCUGACUUGACCGUUUCUCCAUCGCCAAGGGCAAGAAGAACCGCAGGGACCUCAAGAGGUCCUUGAGCAUUGAUCAAGGUGUCCCAGAGGCAGGCACAAGGGUCUCCAGCAUCAGUUCGGGAGUGUUAGCGCCAUGUUGUGAGCUGAGGGGUGGCUCUUCCCAUGCCAUUGUGAAGAAAGACUAGAGGUUAAUGCCUGAGAUCACUUACAGAGCAUGUCUCUGCCGUGGGACGCUGCUCAUCCCCACAGGUGGAAGAGGAGUAGGAAGAUUUCUCAGGCAAAGGGUGCAGUUGGUAGACCAGUGACUUCCAAUCUUGGGUCCUGAGAUGUUCUUGGACUAAAACUCCCAGAAGCCUUCAUCACUGGCUGUGGUGGCCAG